CCAGUCACCAAAUUUACAAAUAUUGACAAUUAAUAUGGAUAGCUACAUUGCCAUGUACUCUGACCAGAAGACUACCCGCAGACAUUCGUCCGUCAAGCUAUGGCCAUGAACGACGAGACAAUGCUGAGCAAGCGCCGGAGGCCGUAAAGCGCGAGCUUGACUAGACUUCUUCAUGCUACGGACGCGUGGAAACUGCUACCAAGCCGUAGCUUGUCGUCACUCACCAACAAUGCUCACUCGUCCUCUCUUCCGUGUCGCCACGCGUUGCUUUGCUCUCAGCACAACCUCACUGCACGUCCGCGCUAUGUCUUCGUUCACACUAGAUAAGAACAUCUUCACUCCAGCACUCUACCAGAGGGUCCAAGAUGUCUGGCUCAGCGGCGUGGACCCCAAUGGCGAAGAAGUCAACAUGGACGUAGUAAGAAGAUGGUUUAUGGGCACACCAGAUGAACGUUUCGCCCUCGACAAGACAUGCAGCGACAACUUCCUCCGCGCGCUCGAAGCAAUCGGCCCCACAAAACUCACAACACCGACCGCACAACCCUUCCUCUCCCAAUUAACAGAAAUUGCGCAAAACGAUUCGAAAGGCGAUGGUGCAGAAGCAGCCUCCGCAGCGCUGAGCAUAGCCAUCCUCCUCGACCAGAUGCCGCGCAACAUCUUCCGUACAAACGAAGGCCUGGUCAAAGUAUACACGCACUACGACAAGAUCUCGCAAGCCUUCAUACGCACGUUGUUUUCGCCGGCGGGUCCUAUACCGCGACCAGAUCAGCAUCCGUUGUGGCGCAAUUCUACGGCGCAUAGGAUGUGGUUCUAUAUGCCCUUGUGUCACUCGGAAGACGUCGAGGUACAUAAGCAGCUAGAUGGGCUGAUGGAGGAUUUGCAGAGGGAUCUGGAUGUGCAGCCGGGAUGUGCAGGCUCGAAGAAGCUGUUAGAAGGGCAGUUCAAGGCGGAGAGGGAGCAUAGGGAGAUCAUUGAUAGGUUUGGGAGAUACCCGCAUCGUAAUGGUGCAUUGGGGCGGAAGAGUACUGAGGAGGAAGUCAAAUUCAUGUCUGAAGGAGGGGCGACGUUUGGAGUUGCUCAGGAGAAGGAUGAGUUAUAAACAUAGGUCAUGCUCAGCAUACCAGUGUGUUAAUCCCUUUGACAUCUCCCUUCCUGCUUCUUCCUACCAUCUUCGCACGCGCAGCUUACUGUUGGGCUGCAGUCCGUCUUCUAUCGGUGCUUUGCUGUUGGCUUGAGGGGUAUGUCACGACUAGUCUAGCUUGGGGUAUAAUGUGGCCUCAAACGUAGUUCACCCUUUAAACUAGCCUGAACAGAUUCCAG